GCCAAGCCAUUUUUCUGUGGAUGCUCCACUGUAGGCUUAUUGUCAAAGAAGUGGUAGGAGCAUACAAAAGGGACGUUUUGGUGGUUUCUUUAGAUUAAACGCUUUGAGCCAGAGCCGCAAAGACUGUGUUUUUAGGAGGUGGAUGCAGGUCGUAUGGGACUCCACAGAUCGAUGUAGCGGUUGGUGUUCAAAACAUUGCUGUUGUAAAAACUGCCUCCUUCAUCCAAUUGUGACAGCCUCGUAAUGAACAUAUAAUGAUUGUCAGGGUGAUCGAUUAAGAUUUUGUGCGAUUCUGUCAGUGUAAAACUUUCAAGCUCUCAACGGAAAGUACCACUUUUGCAUGCGCUAGCGUCACGCGAAUGUUGCCGGAAAUAGAAACACAAUUGCAACGAACUCGCUGUGACGUUCCAGAAUAAGGCGAAUUCCAUUUUUUUCUGCAUCAGAAUAUAAACGAACUGGACCGGAAGCAUGGGUGCCGACCGUACAUUUCACAACAAUGAGAGUUUUAGAAAGUUUAUUCGUUUUCAAAAUCAUGGACAGUUCAGCAAAGCACUCACCAUUUUGAACAGGAGGACCUGAGGGAUGGGUGCCGACCGAAUUAUAUCUCUCUAGCAACCCUGAAUGUUGUGAACGACACAGAAAGCACUCAUAUGUAUUUGUUUUUAAUAUAUAGUUUGCAUAAUUAUGCUAUUAUCAAAUAAAUCAAACGUUUACUUAUUUUAGUUCAACAAAAUAACAAUACUACUUUUCUGCGGAAGGAUAUGUGGCAUUUUUGCUAGUAAUAGACGUCAUUUCCAUUAAUCCGCAAUUUACAAACAUUUGUUUGUACAAUCGAAGUUUCUCUGUUGAUGUUACAAAUUGACUGGCGCUUCGCUUCGGCAUUCCAAUAGUUUUCUUUCAAUGCUAAUUGUAAAUUAUUUCAAUUUGCUAGUGAAUAAAAGCAUGCGUCUACGUUUUCCUGUCUGUCCUGGACAGCGAGAAAUGUCUCCCAAGAAAGGGCACAUUUGCCAUUAUGUUAAUUCGCAUUACGCUUGCUUUAUUUGCAUAAUGCAUCGUUUCUGCAACUGGGUAUUGAUAAACCUACUUUGCACAUUAUCACAAGUUACUAAAUUAAUUCAUUUUAUGAUAUUGUUCAUUCAUUGAUAAUGAUUCCUUUGUUGAUGCAUAGCAUUUUUCCUAGCACUUUAUUUUUGGCACAUUGGCGGCGCGGUAUGUGCAGUCUGGCGCGCCCCCUGGGUGGGUUUAACUCCUAGAAUGUUGCUAGGAGACCAAACACAAACUCAUUUUGUGGAGAUCCCGCUAUCAUAUCUCUAGAAUUCACACAGGUAAGACAUCGCAUCAUGUUUGUUGUCGCAAAUACAAUUACGGGUUGUUUGUAAACUGCAUGGACAUGGCAGGCUCUGGACAAGACCAUAUGGCAGUGCGAAAUUGCGUCAUAGAAUGAAUGGUUAAUUAGCUAGGCGGCUAGGCAUUGGUCAUGAGUUGUUUACUAUGCGUUUGCUUGGUUAUUGGACAAUGACAACCAACUUGAUGUUAAUUAAAUGUUUAGGCUGUUUUGUGUGGGUUGCUAAUUUUUUUUUUUAAAGUAUGUCUGUCUUACCUCUUAAGUCUUGGCUUCCCAUUCUGAAUGAAGAGAGCGAAGUGGGCCGAGUGACACCAAAACAGCACCCCAGGAGGAGCUUGAGAGAGGAACCAUGCCAAAGAAGGGUGCAAAAAAGGGGGGAGCAGGGAAGCAGGCAGGGAUGACGGAGGAAGAGAGACUCUUGUACAUGCAGCAGAGGGCCCAGGCAGAGGACGAGAUGGCCAAAAGGAAGGAAGACAUGCUAACUCAAUUUCUUAAGGAUAAGCUGCAGAAGGAGGAGCGCAACAGUGCAGUGAACCUGCACAAGUUGACGCAGCAGUGGCGAGCAGUUCUCCGCCAGACACGGGCAGCUGAACUGCGCAGUGACAUUGCUGUGCUCAGCCAGACCUUUGAGAGGGUGCUGGACCGGAAGGACAGUGUCAUCAAGUGUUUGGUGUGUGACCUGAGUGAGGCAGAGCAGCAGUCAGCCCAGGCCCUGCGCUCUCACCUGGACUGUGUGGACUGUCUGCUGGCCCUGCAGAAGGGUAGGCUGGCAUCCCUGGAGCAGCAGUGGAACAGCGGCCUGGAGGGACUGAGCUACGAAUUCAAUUCUGAGAGGGAGCAGAUCCUGUCCCAGCACCAGCAGGAGUGUGCUUACCUGGAGGAUGUGACCUUUGCCAUGGAGCAGUUCUACAUGGAGGUAGACGGGGAGGCUCGCCAGGACUACCAGAGCACCAGAGACGACAUCAAGAACAGGAACAUAGAGGAGAAACAUGCGUUGAGGAUCCAGUUAGAGGGGACGGUGGAGGGCCUGUGGCGUCAGUUCCAACAGGCCCUACGCAACUACAAUGAGGCUACAGAGGACCGUCACAUCGCCUUUGAGUCGUUGAGGACCCGCGACCAGCGCAGUGCCCAGGAGAUCGACACGCAGAUGAGGAGGCUGCAGAAGAUGCAGGACUCCAUCUCUGCUCUGCGCUCUAGGCUGAACUCCAGCCAGAAGGAGAGUGAGGGGGCAGCACGGGGCCUGAGGGCGGCCAGGGAGGAGGUGACCCUGCAGGCUCGCCAGCUCAAGGCCCAGCUGAGCCGUGCCCGCGCAGCCGAGAGGAACCAGCUCACCAACCUCACUGUGCACAGCAACGCCGCUGCCAAGAACCUACAGGGCAUCAUCACUAAGGGGGAGAGGCUGCUGCGUCUGGCUGAGAUGUGUCGUAAACUGGAGACAGAACAUGAGAAAGUCCUGCCCUUCUACAUCUCAUCUCUCACUGCUGAGGAAGAGAGCCAGGAGAGAGCUAAUGCUAUGGAGCCUCCAUCUGAGGAGCUGGCACAGGCCAUGCUGGACUACCUGGUUCUGGAGCGGUUCUGGCAGCGUUAUAACAAGGUUCUGCUGGAGCGGCUGUGUUUGGAACGGGAGAGAGGAGCUCUGACCCAGGAGAACCAGCAACUGCGGAUCUUACUGCGCCAGUACCUGGAUGGCAUCUCUGUUAGCGACGAGAUCCUCCGCCAUCGCAACCCCCUGCUGAUGGUGUCACAGCCCACCCUCGCCGUUCAACCCACUGCUGACGCCCAACGCAAGCGCCACACUGUCAUUGAGGCAGCACAUGUUGUGCAGCGCACGCUGUAGACACAAUAACAGGCUCAGAUCACACACCAUCACUCCUAGAUUAACUUCAAAAGGGGUUUAAGUUGUACACUGACUAGGAGUAAAUAACUUAAAACUGCCAGAAUGCACUCCUUCUGACAGAACUCAAUUCCUUAUUCUAUUUGUGUGUAACUUCUUUCUACCAGGUGUCUUACAAUAUCCAUCAAAUAAAAGAGGACUAUUCCAUCCGA